AUGGGGAAAGAGAUCCCCCAGUGCGCCGGCUGCAACCAGCACAUCCUGGACAAGUUCAUCUUGAAGGUCCUGGACCGCCACUGGCACAGCUCCUGCCUCAAGUGUGCCGACUGCCAGGUGCAGCUGGCCGACCGCUGCUUCUCCCGCGCCGGCAGCGUCUACUGCAAGGAGGACUUCUUCAAGCGUUUCGGGACAAAAUGCACGGCCUGUCAGCAGGGCAUCCCCCCCACGCAGGUGGUGCGCAAGGCCCAGGACUUCGUCUACCACCUGCACUGCUUCGCCUGCAUCAUCUGCAGCCGGCAGCUGGCCACGGGCGAUGAGUUCUACCUCAUGGAGGAUGGGCGGCUGGUGUGCAAGGAGGACUAUGAGACGGCCAAGCAGAAUGAUGACUCAGAGGCGGGCGCUAAGCGGCCCCGAACCACCAUCACAGCCAAGCAGCUGGAGACGCUGAAGAACGCCUACAAGAACUCACCCAAGCCCGCCCGGCACGUGCGGGAGCAGCUCUCCUCUGAGACGGGGCUCGACAUGAGGGUGGUGCAGGUUUGGUUCCAGAACCGCCGGGCCAAGGAGAAGCGUCUGAAGAAAGACGCGGGGCGGCACCGCUGGGGCCAGUUCUACAAGAGCGUCAAGCGGAGCCGCGGUGGCAGCGGCAAGCUGGAGAAGGAGAGCUCGGCUGAGGACUGCGGCGUCAGUGACAGCGAGCUCAGCUUCCGCGGUGAGCGGGGCGGCUGGCCUUGCUGCCGCAGGGAAGGCCCUGGGUGCGGGCACGUCUUCCGCCAGCGGCUGCCCUCCGUGGUCUCCUCUUCGCGUGGCCGCCGCUCCCUGGCGCCCAUCGGGAGGGUGUCAGGCCGGGCCUCCCUGUGCCUCAUGCUGCUUCUUUAA